AGGUAUUUAUCUCCCAGCCUUCAGCCUUUACCAGAGAACUACGCACUCAACCACUUUUCUUCAUAUUCGUCUUUGCAGAAUAUUCUUCAUCAUGCCCACUAUCCUAAUCACCGGCGCUAACCAAGGUAUUGGGCGCGCACUUGUUGAGGCUUACUUGUCACGCCCAAACCAAACCAUUAUCGGCGCCGUCCGCAAUCCUGAAAGCACCACGCUCAGGAACAUCAAGCCGGCGGAGGGUAGCAAGCUGCUGGUCGUCAAGAUCGAAGCUACAUCCGAGACAGACCACGCUGUAGCAGUUGACCAGAUCAAGGCAGCCGGCAUUAAUGCCCUCGAUGUCGUUAUAGCUGUGGCUGGCAUCAAUCCAUCCAGUGCUUUUGCUGACGUCAAAGACAUGGACAUCAAUGCCUUGCGUGACAUCUUUGAUGUCAAUACAUUUUCCUUCGUGAGACUUUUCAGUGCCGUGUACCCGCUGCUCAAAGCAUCAGCUAGGUCUCCAAAAUUGCUAGCCAUCAGCUCCAGUGCCAGCCAGAUUGUCGAGAUGGAGCCUAAUAUCUCCGUAAAGGUUGGCGUCUAUGGUGCCAGUAAGGCAGCUCUCAACUACCUCGUCCGGCGUGCGCAUUUCGAGAACCCAUGGCUAACUGCAUGGGUCAUGGACCCGGGUUUCGUGCAAACGGCGACCGGGAACGCCCAUGCCAAAACUUGGGGCAUGGGGAAGGCACCCUAUUCUACAGAGGACAUUAUCCCAGGUUUGAUGGGGAAAAUUGAUGAGGCUACGCGAGCUGAGACGUCGGGAAAUUUUUAUAACUUCGAUGGCACGCUCCUAGCCUAUUGAGGUGAUGCAUCAAG